AUGGCCACCUCCUCCGCUGCCUUGACCUUGGGCAACAACUACCUCCAAUGGUUCGUGUUUUGCUUGCUCCUGGCCCAGGCUCCCUCUGAUUCACUUCCAGCCUGGCAGCUGUCCUCUCUGGAGCCCCGACCUGUCUGCCUCAGGGUCUCUCCGAGGUCGCUCUGUGCAAAUGAAACCAAUUCCUUUCCAAGCCAGCUCUUCUUCCGGUCUCUGCUAGGCCACCUCGGCUCCCAGAAAAAUCCCCUUGCCGUCUUGACCCUUUCCUUCCCACUGAGCAAGCCCCUAAGAGAAGGGAGCACAGGGCCCCGGACGCCCCCAGAGCGGGUUCACUCUGCCCCAGGAUGCCGAGUCCGAGAGCUCCUUCACCGCCUCUGGGGUGCCUUCCUUUCCCUCUCCAGCACAGCGCCCUACGUUGACGUCAUUCCCGGCCGCACUGAGGAUGAACCUCGGCUGAAUUCUCAGCGCCCACUGGCCGUAGCCUCACGUAGUGGCGUCAUCCCCUUUCCCAGGUGGGAAACUGGAACGCAACCAGUAGCGGAAGAGCAGACCAUCUGUGUGGAACCUGAGCUUGCCCUUCGGGGCCUCCUGCCUCCGCCCCGCCCCGCCCACCUCCUUCCCAACUCCACCGAGGUCACCUGGUUUCCACCUGCUGAAGUGCAGAAGCAGCAAGGAAUCGCGUGUCCCUUACCUCACCCUUCAGGACCUCCUGAGGCAUGA